UUAACACCAAACAUUUAUAAAGGCUCCGAAAUUUCCAUUCUCCAUACCAUACCAUUGAUACCACCAAUCUCAAAACUCAGAAGUUAAAAAAGAGUUUGAUUCCACAUAGAAGAGGAAAUGGCAGACCCAAAAGCAACCGUGAAGCCCAGAGUGGUCUGCUGCAUAGGCGACAUACAUGGUUUCUACACCAAGCUCCUAAACCUCUGGUCCAAUCUCGAAACCUUAAUCGACCCGGUAGACUUCCGCUCUGCCAUCAUCAUCUUCCUGGGCGAUUACUGUGACCGCGGUCCAGACACCCGCCAGGUGCUUGAUUUCCUCAUCUCUCUGCCUUCCAGAUACCCAGAUCAGAAGCAUGUCUUCCUCUCCGGCAACCACGACCUGGCCUUCGCGGCGUUCGUGGGUGUCCUGCCUUUGACCCCGGAUGGGUCGGAAUUCUCAGAGGGUUGGAAGGAGUACGCGGACAGCGAGGACCGAGAAGGGUGGUAUAAUGGUGAUGGGUAUGAGAGAAUGCAUUUGCAAGGAAGGAGGUGGUCUGGUAAAAUUAAGGUCAAGAUCAAUGCUGCUAAAGGGACCGAGUACAAAGGCUCUAUAUAUGAUGCUGCCCCAACGUUCGAGUCUUAUGGGGUUCCUCAUGGCUCUGCUGAUUUGGUCCGGGCAGUACCAGAAGAACACAAGAAAUUCCUUGCUGAUAUGGUUUGGGUGCACGAAGAGGAUGAUGUGAUUGUGAAAACUGAGGAUGGAAUCAAACACUGUAAGUUGAUUGCUGUUCAUGCUGGUUUAGAGAAAAACAAAGAUGUCAAAGAGCAGUUGAAGUCUUUGAAAGCCAGAGACACCAGGUUGCCUAAGAUAGAGGCUCUAAGUGGGAGGAAAAAUGUAUGGGAUAUUCCUAAGGAACUAACCGAAUACCCAAGCGUCCUGGUUAGUGGUCACCAUGGGAAGCUUCACAUUGAAGGUCUUCGGCUGAUUAUUGAUGAAGGUGGUGGCUACCCAGAAAAGCCAGUGGCUGCAAUUGUGCUUCCCUCAAUGAAAAUAGUCCGUGAUACUGAUAUUUUGGCAAAAUAAAUCUCAAGCUUCUGCUACGUUUUUAGGUCGAGCAAGUUGUGGAGUGAUAGAGAUGAUCACGAAAGGAAAAGCAUUUAUUCUAUUUGCCUCAAUUCACCAAUUCAAGAAUGCUCAGUGUUCUCCUCAUAAGUCGUACACUAUGUCAGAUAGGAAAAAUGGAAGAGAAGGGAAGGGAAGGGAGAAAAAGGCGAAGGAUCCAGUUCCCUGCCUUUUUUUUGGUAAUGAUCCAUUUCCCUGCUUAAUCCUAAUUUAUUUGUACCUAGUACCAAUGGUUAAAAUAGUACUUAAAGUUCCAAAUUUUAUUUAAUUUUUUAUCUUUUUCCUUUU